AUGAAGCUUCGACCAGCUCAAACACUGGGAAAACAUAUAAAGGUUAAAGUGUCACUUCUAAAGGCAAAUGAGGAAGUCGUAUUCGUUGACUUUAACGGUGUUGGCAGCAACAAAGUAAACUGGUUUUCCCAAGACAGGAUAUUGCGUUCUUCAUUCUCAGACCUUCCUUACUCGGCAUCCAUGAACUAUGCAAGCAUCGCAGGCUCGGGAGCAAAAGGGCAGAGGAGGUUUUUCUUGCAGAAAAACUACGGAGGCUGUGACGUUGACGCUGGCUGGGUGGUCAUUGCUGAUCGACUAAAGCCGGGAGGUUCAGAUCCCUGUUGGUGGGAGCAAGUGAAGCACGUAGAGCGUCCAGCCUUCCUCUAUUGCCCCAAAGAGAGCAAUUGCAAAAACAAGGAAUACGUUGCUGCCGACACAUUUCUGAUUUUGGUGCAGCGCGCCUAAUACAGGACUACACGGCAGCCUGGCAGAUAUCAUAGGAAAGCCACGGCCCAUCGUCUACUACAGUGCUGAUUGUGUAGGACGCACGUGAAUUCCAGCAGCAGUCUCUAUUAUGGACUCUUGAUGUGAUAGAUACAUCCUGUACCCUUACACGCCUGCAAUAUUCGAAUUUUUUUUUAGAGGAUUCUUAACUUAUUCCGUGAACACAAUUAAUUUCCAAUGUGCAAUAUUCAGCAAUGUCAUUGCCUGUCAUUUUGUGCUGUACCUUACAUCAAAAAGAAAUAAAUAAAACAUCCGACAAAUGUAAAAUAGUCGCAAUGUAAAAUGA